AUGAACAGUUUACAGUGUGUUGGAGGGCCCUCAGAAGUCUCAUCCAAAGUCAGUGAAAAGGAGGUUGCACCCUUAAAACCAGUGAUUGGCAGCUCAGCAGAUCCAGUGGCAAAAGAAUCAGUGGAAUGGAAACCAAAGCAACACAAACCAAAACUUAGUGGAAAGACAGAAGGACAGGGACCCUCUGUAAACUCUCAGACAACAAAUAUGAAACUCAAAGCUCCAAGUUCCACAAGGUGGUUUUGUAUAUCCAGGCAAAUGAAAGCAAAACCUGGUGAAAAGACAGAGGGUCAGGAUCCUUCAAUAAAGACAGAGGUCAAUCCGUCCCUGAACUCUGAAACAUCAGAUACCACACUCAAAGUAUACACUUCCAACAGCAGCAGAGGGUAUAAUGCCUCUAAAGCUCCGUCCUUCAGAAAUGUAACCACGCAUGGACAUAAACUACCUAAACAGGUUCCCCCUAUUAUGACAGCAUUAGAAAAACAAGGAGAAUGCGAUGUCCAGUCAGAAAGUGUGCAUGAGCUACAUAUUCAGGCCCCUCAAGUAGUGCUGUCUGCAAAUGACCAGGAUCCUCAUGAGGCACAGAGUGAAGAGGAUGGAAAUGAGAGCGCUGAAGGACACGUGCCAAUAGAAUUGUUUGCAGAGUUUCUACAGGUCGUGAUGACAAGGAAUUACCAGCUUGCAAAGAAACUCUGUCAGAUGAUUUUAAUUUAUGAGCCUCAGAACUCAGAGGCCAAGAGCUUCCUACCUCUCAUAGAAGAAAAAUUACUGAUAGCGUCUCACAGCCACAUCACGCGGUGUGAAACAUCCUCCGUGUGCCUCCGUUUUUCUGGAUUUUAUUGUGACACCUGUGACUUCGUAAGUGUGUUGCUUAUUUCUCGCGCUUUGGAUGCGCUGUUAGGUGCGCUGCUCUAUCAGAGCGCAUUUCUGAACGUGACAGAACACGAGACAGAUGAUCCUUGUGACGGGGAGUGA